AUGAAAGGCCGACCGUGGCUAGAUUUAACUGAAGCAGUGAAACAAUUUUUGAAACAACGUCAAGAUCUUGGUACAGAGGAUCGUAUUACAGCUAUUAAAUUCACCCAUAAAGCAGUUACUGAAUAUUUUGAUCAAGAAGUGAAAGAUGUCAAUGUGGACAGUAUCGCCUAUCACGGAGGGCGUACAGAUUUUAGCAUAGCAUUUGCAGAAGUGAAUCAGUGCAUUACAAGAUCUAAAACUGCUGCUUCAAAAUAUGCCAUUAUUUUUAUGAGUGACGGCUUGGCACCAUUUCCUGAAGCAGAACUUCAAACUUUGGUCGAAUUACAUGGUAAUGUCAUCAAGAAAUUUUGGACAUUGGCAUUAGGACA